CUAGGAGGCCGACGCCGAAGGGGCGGGGCUCGAGUGAGGGGCGGGGCCCAGAGCUGGAGGAGCGGAAGCCGAAGGAAGGGGCGGGGUUCAUGAGGGGGCGGGGCUCAGGACUCCUGGAGGCGCGGAAGCCGCCGCCGGAGGGGGCGAGGCUCGAGUGAGGGGCAGGGAUCAAGGAUCCUCGCAGCGGCCUAACCUAGGACGGCAAGGGGGCGGAACUCGAGUGAGGGGUGGAGAUUAGAUCCCUGGCGGCGCCGUGGAGGGCGCGGCCGAGGCGGGGUCUACCGGAAAGGGGCGGGGCUCAGUGAGGGGCGGGGUUUAGACUCCCCGAGGCUACACUGCGGAAGCCGGGGGACGGGCCUAGUGAAAAGGGGCUGGAGAGCACGGCCGACUGGCGGCGGUCACUGGAGCGAGUAGACCGGACGGCUGACCAAGGGGCGGACGCACGGCGCGGCAGACAUCUGGGGACUGCAGACGGCGCCGUGUCCAUCGCCAUGACAGAUCAGACCUACUGCGACCGCCUGGUGCAGGACACGCCUUUCCUGACAGGCCAUGGGCGCUUGAGUGAGCAGCAGGUGGACAGGAUCAUCCUCCAGCUGAACCGCUACUACCCACAGAUCCUUACCAACAAGGAGGCGGAAAAGUUCCGGAACCCCAAGGCGUCCUUGCGUGUGCGGCUCUGUGACCUCCUGAGCCACCUGCAGCAGAGUGGUGAGCGGGACUGCCAGGAGUUCUACCGAGCCCUAUACAUCCACGCCCAGCCCCUGCACAGCCGCCUGCCCAGCCGCCAUGCUCUGCAGAACUCAGAUUGCACAGAGCUAGACUCGGGCAGCCAGAGCGGCGAGCUGAGUGACAGGGGACCGAUGAGCUUCCUGGCUGGCCUGGGCCUUGCCGUGGGACUGGCCCUGCUCCUGUACUGCUAUCCGCCAGACCCCAAGGGCCUGCCGGGGACCCGGCGCGUCCUCGGCUUCUCACCUGUCAUCAUCGACAGACAUGUCAGCCGCUACCUGCUGGCCUUCCUGGCAGAUGACCUGGGGGGGCUCUGAUGAACCCCGGACCCAGGGCCUCCCCGCCACUCAACCAAAGAGUCCUCCAGCUGGCCCAACAAGGGCUGCUGCUGCUUUUUCUAAAUGCUUAUUUUUCAUUAUUUAUAAUUUGUGUAAGAAACGCAUCUUCACCUUACAAGGUGCUUACCCAUAUUAAAUAUUCAAGUUCUGUCA